CUGGCACCACGGAAACACGAGCCAUCAAAAAUCGAACGAAAACAACAAACAAAAUACAGCAGAAGCCAGUGGAAGCAAUUUUAACCUUAAUCAGGUUAGCACUUUUCUCCAUUUUUCAGUGAAAAUUUUGAGCAUGACAAGCACCGCCGCAAUCAACCAGAAGGAAUACCUCAAGCGAUAUUUAUCGAAAGGUAGAAAAGAUGGAAAGAAGAAGCGCAAGAAGACGAAGAUCUCAACAACUGGUUGUGGUCUCAACAUUGUAGAUGAUAAUUUGGAAACUGUGACUAUUGAGGAAGACGAUGAUGCUGACCUUUAUGAGCUUGCAGAGAACGCUCCUCAGGUCGCUGGGGUGUUUGAUGACCGACCGAUCCACAUUCAACAGGCGCAAGACAAACUUUUUGGAGCAAAGUGGAGAGCUUUGGAAGCCGACGAAGAGAUUCAGAAGACUGUGCCGGAUCAAUCCUCGGCACGGAAGAACAGGGGCACAGAUUCUGACCUUUCUCCUAAACGAGUUACCAAAGAAAAGUCCAGUGACGAUGACGUGUCUCCACCUAGGAAAACAUCUAAAAGAGACAAGUCCCCAAGUAGAAAGGAAAAUGCUAGCCGAAGAAGAAGUUCCUCGCCAAUGAGUGGUAGGCUGGAUUCUAGGGGAAAAGAAAGGCGUAAUUUUAGAGAAAAGAGGUCAGCUUCGCCAAAAAGUAGAAGGCGUUUAAGUUCUGAUUCCGAGUCCUCAGGAAAUGAAAGGAGGCGGCCUCCCCCUCAGAGACAAAACCGAUCCAGAUCACCGAAAAGAGUUAAAGGCAGAAGAGGUGACUCCUCGCAGAGAUCCAGGAAAAUGUCCCCAGCAGGUAGAAAGCGAAGAUCGUCCUCACCGAGGAGAAGAGAAAGGCUGAACAGACCGUCCAGAUUUCAUAAAGAUCGAGACUCGGACUCUGACAUUUCACCACCUAGAGAAACAGGUCAGAGAAAUAAGUUGAGAGAUAAAAGAACAAAAUCCCACUCGCCUCAACGUCGUCAAAGCGAUUCAAGUUCAAGAGCUCCUAGAAAUGAAAGAAGCAGCAAAGAGCCUCGUCGAAGAUCACCUGUUGCAAAAACCAGCAGUAGAAGAUGUCAGAAUAGCUCCGACUCUGAUUUGUCUCCCCCCAGACAUUCCAAAGUGUCAAAAAAAGCAGAUACAUUGCCCAGACAAAGACCGAUGGACUCAGAUUCAGACCUCUCACCUCCUCGAGUUAAAAAGGAGCCACUAAGCCCCUCCGAAAGAAGUCGUCAGACUUCAAAGCCGCCUUCAGUGGUAAUUAAACAAGAGCCGGUUGACAGCCAGAAUGCAAGAAAUAAAACCUUGGAAGGUAAAACGGCUGGUCUGCAAGAUGCCAAGACUUUGAAAGCAGAGAUGGAACUGUAUCGAAAAAAGGAGCAAGAGCAAUACAAGAAAUUGUCAGAUCAAGUGUCCGGACGAGGCGCCCAAGCAGUUUUCCGUGAUAGACGUACCGGACGAAAGAGGAAUCUAGAACAGGAGGAGGAAGAAAGUGAAAUAGAAAAGGAGGCCGAACGGAAACGCAAAGAAGAAUUUGACAGAAUUGGUCGUGGUGUCGUUCAGGAAGAGAAACGAGCGCAAGCUCUGCAAGAAACUCUUCAUGAAAUGUCAAAGCCAGUGGCGCGCUAUGCAGGUGACGAAGAUCUUGAACGUCAUUUGAAAGCUCAAGAGCGAGACGGAGACCCAAUGUUGGAUUACUUGCGUGCAAAACGCAUCAAAGAGAACCCAGGUGAAAACAAACCAGCGUACAAAGGACCAGAUGGGCCUCCAAACCGCUUCAAUAUUGUGCCUGGACACCGCUGGGAUGGGGUGGACAGGUCAAAUGGCUAUGAGAAAAAACUGUUCAUCAGUAGAAACGCAAAAGAAGCUCAACAAGAGGAGGCCUACAAGUGGAGUGUGGCCGAUAUGUAGAUUUGAAGAAGCUCUAUGUUACUUUAAGAGGAUUUUAGACUAUUUAUAUUUUAUAUUCUGAAAAUUUAGCAUUUGCAAAUCACAGUAAAUGAGACUUUGUCUCGUGCAGGGGCAACAAGCAAUGCUUAGAAAUGCAAACUACUUCAGACUCAAUCCAUACGAGAGGCACAAACUGCUCAUCAACGAGUACCUUCUCACUAAUCCCGGUGCCCACAAACUCCUUAAAAGAAACAACUCCAAAGACAAACGUGAUUUGGAC